GCUACUUAUGGGCAUUUUAAACAAAAUUAUUUUAAAUGUUUGAUUACAAGGAAUCGCUAACUUCAGUCGAUUUUGUGAUUUGUGAGCGCUUCGAGAUCGCUACGCUACGCGCGCUCACACUUAGGUGCCGCGUGCCUGCCGCUACCGUUUGUCGCAUUGAAAUUCGUUUUUUUUUAUAGCCACAAGUGAAUUGAAUUGUAUAGAAAAAGUGUAUAUAAAACAGCGGGAAAAUUAAACAAUCGCCAUAAAGUUAAAUUAAAUUAAGCGAGGUUAACAAAAACACAAUCACACGCCCCUCGGUAAUUGGUACACCCACUUGCGGCAGUGUCGCGCUGGAGCAGUUUUUUGCCAGUCGCUUUGCAAAUCGGGCCACAUUGUUGUGAACACUUUUGCAGUUUGUGCGUAGUGAGUGCCGGCGCGCUUGUUUGUUGUAUCCUGCAGUGUUGAACGUGGUGUUUGGAGCGCCUGCGCGCACCGUUUGUGUUCGAAAAGCUCAACUUUGACGGGAGUGCGCUUCACAGCGCGCGCGUGUUUUGCCAAAAUGAAGUUCUUCGACGUUUUUUGCUUCAGACAAAGAGUUGCAUUCUUCGAUAAGCAAGAGGGAACAUUGACCUUCUGUCUGACAUCGAGAGGCACUGUUUCGACGACGAACAGAACAUUUCUGCCAAGUGAAACCGCUGCUGAGCCCGAGCUAAGCGCCGAUACGCCAGCUUAUUACAGAACUCGUGACGAAGACUACAAUUCAAUAAACAGCAGCAACAACAACAACAAUUACAUCUACACAAUCAAAACGCAGAAGGAAACAACUGCUGUUGUGAUUCAACAGCCAACAACCAAUAAGCCCAACACAACCAAAGCACCAAACGGCAAAGGUGUAAUUCAAACACUAAGCGUAGCAGAGCUUGCACAUCACAUACAGUUAGACGGGAAGUACCCCACACCAGCUGAACGCUUGCCCGCGCAGUCGACAGCCAAAGCCACAACCACGGCUACCUUAUCCACGUCGAAAACCACACAGAGUAUACAAAGCAAGUCGACGAAAAUGGCGUCCAGCGCGAAUUUGAACAGCACAGGUGCCGCUGCGCCACACUCCACCUCCGAGAAGCAGCCUUGGCCCAACUCGAAGGACGAUUACGAGUUGCGCGAUGUGAUCGGCGUGGGUGCAACUGCGGUCGUACAUGCCGCGCUCUGCCUGCCACGCGGCGAGAAAUGCGCCAUUAAGCGCAUCAAUCUGGAGAAGUGGAACACUUCUAUGGAUGAACUGCUCAAGGAGAUACAGGCGAUGUCGUCGUGUAAUCACGAGAAUGUCGUCACCUACUAUACAUCGUUUGUGGUGCGCGAGGAAUUGUGGCUGGUGCUGCGUCUUCUGGAGGGCGGCUCUUUGCUCGAUAUCAUUAAGCAUAGAAUGCGCACAGCGAAUUGCAAACAUGGCGUCUUCGACGAACCGACCAUUGCCACUGUUUUAAAGGAGGUACUCAAGGGUCUGGAGUAUUUCCACUCGAACGGACAGAUACACCGUGACAUCAAAGCGGGUAAUAUAUUGAUCGGCGACGAUGGCACCAUACAAAUUGCCGAUUUCGGUGUGAGCGCUUGGCUGGCGACCGGUCGUGAUCUCUCACGCCAGAAGGUGCGCCACACAUUUGUCGGCACACCGUGUUGGAUGGCGCCCGAAGUGAUGGAGCAGGAUCAUGGUUAUGACUUUAAGGCGGAUAUCUGGUCCUUCGGCAUCACUGCCAUCGAAAUGGCGACCGGCACAGCGCCCUAUCAUAAGUAUCCACCCAUGAAGGUGCUGAUGUUGACGCUACAAAAUGAUCCGCCCACAUUGGAUACUGGCGCGGACGAGAAGGACCAAUACAAAGCCUAUGGCAAGACAUUCCGGAAAAUGAUUGUGGAAUGCCUACAGAAAGAGCCCUCAAAACGACCCACCGCCAGUGAACUGCUCAAGCAUGCCUUCUUCAAAAAGGCCAAAGAUCGCAAAUAUCUUACGCAAACACUGCUCGCCUCCGGUCCAUCCAUGGAGACGCGCGUACACAAGGCUGCGAAACGACAGCCUGGCGCCUCGGGUCGUUUGCAUCGCACCGUUACCGGCGAAUGGGUGUGGUCGAGCGAAGAGGAAGACAACGGUGGUAAGCACCAUUCGUCCGACUCCGAAUCUGACGACCGACCCAUUAAUCGUCUCGAACGCGCCGAAUCGUCGGACAGCGAUCACGAUGACUAUUCAGAGACUACAGCAACCGCAACCGAACCGGCACAACAAGCGCUCGCUGUGGCGAAUGUAGCGACACCAGCGGUGAACAUACCCGCGCCGGCAGCAAAUAAUGCUCAACAACAACAACAACAACCAACAGACGCGGCGAUAGCACAGGCCAUGACAGGUGUGGCGCAAAUGCCAAUGCCUUCAGCGGUGACGGAUGUUGGCGAGGCACCGCCCGUCAAUCUGGUGUUGCGCAUGCGCAACCAACGACGCGAACUGCACGAUAUACGCUUUGAAUUUGCUGUGGGCAAAGACUCAGCCGAAGGUAUUGCCAUGGAAUUGGUCGACGCCGGACUCGUCGACGCGUUAGACACGCAACCAAUGGCCGUGCAUCUGCAACAGCUGAUCGAACAACGCGCCGCACUGAAAACCAUAACGUUCCAAUUGAACUCGGGCGUGCAGCCGGGCGAGGUGCUCGACGACCGCUCGCUGGUGGGGUACGCGCAAAUAUCGAUAACGGAUUAGGAGGAGCUGAGCGCGCCGGCCGAUUCAGCCGAAACAGCUUGAGUGUGAUGCGUUGGGCGGCAGAAUUCAAGCAUCCAGCCGCGCAUGCGUAGUUGGCACGACACAGUUUGGGGCUUACAAUUUUUACUUUUGUAAACAAUUUUGGUUGCGAACUCUUCAAAUGUAGACUUUAAAAUUGUAAUAUUUUCCUUUAAUAUUAGCCAAAAACAAAGCAAAGGCCAACGCAUAGCGUAAGCAGUGGUGUAACUGUAAAUUUUAUUAAUUUAAUAAUAAUAAUAAUAUUCAUAUUUUGGGCAUACAACUGUUUAGUUCUUAAUGUAGUCGAGCGCUUUGUUGGCAGCGAAGCGCACAGCGCGAGUUUGUGCCAAGCAGCGCGCGCAUACACACAUACACUCACACAUAAACACAAACACACACGCACGCAUAGUGUAAACAACUGAAAGUACUUACGAUUACAUAUUUUCGAUAUUUGUAAUUAUUUAUUGUAUUUUUUUAUUAUUAGCAUAAUGCGCCGCCUUUAUGCAGCCGCCUAACUCCAAAGGGAGCUAGUAAAAUACAUACUAGCAUGUAGUAUCUAAAUGGCAUAACUAUAAUUAGAUGUUUAUUUUAGAGUAAAGCCUAGCCUAGCAUGUCCUAAAUUGUAUUUCGUCUCUGUAUGCUGCAAUAAACAAUAAAAUAAAACUAAAAUUAUUAAAAAAUGAACUUAACUGGUAUCACGUGUUGAAAAAUCCUUUAAAAUAUGCUGAAAUGCUGAUAUUUUUAAUAAAAAUGCUACAUACAUACUUACAUAUAUUGUUAAUUUAUAUACGCUUAGUUUAGAAAUCAAUGUAUGUAUGUAAUUUAAUUGUCACUGCGUUGCCAACAUACUUUACCAAACAUUUUAAUUUAAUUUUUUUUUAUUACAAGAAACAAUAUAGCAAGCAAACAUGUCUAAAACAACUGAUAAAUGUCCAGAAAACAUGCUUCUGCUUUGAGAGUUGUAUUAUAAUGAAUAUGCGAACGAUGCAAGUUGACGCCUAAAAGCAGACUACACUAAAUAAAAUGCGCAAAUUUGCAGUUUUACGACAUGAAAAUGCAAUUUAACGCUGUGGCAGCCUACUAUGAAUAAAAAUAAUAAUAAAAAAACAAUAAUUAUGCAUAAAAUACAUAUAUUAAAUAAAAGAAUAUAUAUAUUUUAAAUAAAAAAUAUAAAUUUAUUAAAAAAAAUCAUUUAAGCCCCCAAUUACAAUAAAUAUAGGAAGCUCUAGUGUAGCGACAAGGUCUUCUAAAGAUUUUUUUGUCAAAGUACACGCACCACUUUUCAUACAUGCAUAAAUUACUUACUCGUAUUUAGAAAAACAAUUAUAAUAAUUAUAAUGAAAUCAUCUUAGAAGCCAGAAAAUGUUUAUAAUAGAAUUUAGUGAAUAAUGAAAAUUUGAAUAAAAAAUCAUAUUCAUACUUUUCGAAACAAUAAUUAAGUUUAAUGUAUGUACUACUUGCAUGUAUGUCUGAAUGCUAGAUGUGUAAACGUUAAAUAAUACAGCUGACGAAAUAGAAUUUGAAAAAUACAAUAAAAUAAAAAUUUAAGAUAAAAUACGCAAAGAAUAAAGUUUUAAAACAAAAUAUGCAAAGAAUAAAAAUUUAAAAAAAAAUAUACAAAAAUAAAAAAUAAAAAUUAAAAUUUUGCAAAACCACAAUAGAAACAAUACAACACACAAACAAAGUAUUUGCUGCUAAAAUAUAUUAAAUAAAAAAAAAUUAAAUCUUGUUUAAGUACAGCUGAGGCACAUGAAAAGGAAAAACACAUAAAUUCGUUGCAACGCAAAUACAAAACAUAUUUGUAAUAGUUUAGAUCAACUAUGAAAGGAAUACUUGUUCCUUUAGAACAAACAAACACACACACACACGAACAUUCAUUUGCUGUAUUGUAACCCCAAAUUGUUCAAUAGUUUGUAAAUAUUUUUAGCGCAAGUAAUGGAAAAUCAAAAAAAAAAAAUUAUACAUGCAUAAAAUGCCUUUCUUAAACCAUAUUAAAAACGCAAAAUUAAAACAAAAAUGCAUAUUUUGUUUUUUCGUUUCAUUUAUGUGCCACUUGCUUGACUUUUAGAAAAAAAUUAAUUUUUAUAAAUUUCUUCCUUUUUCCUUAAAAAAGUUAAAUUAUUUUUUCCUAAAAAAACUAAAUUAAUUCUUGAAAAAAAAAAUUAAUUUCCCUUCAGAAGAAAAUUGGUUACAAUUAAAAAAAAAAUAUUUAAAUUAUAUACAUAUUUUAAAUUUUAGAAAAAAAAUUUAAUUAAUUUUUAAAUUUUUUUCCUUCCAUUUAGAAAAAAUUAAAUAAAAUUUGAUUUCUUAAACUUUUUGUUUCCUUUAAAAAAAAAUGUAACGAAAUUUUGUUUUCACACACUUUCUUUUCUUUAAGAAAAAAAUUAAUUUAACUUAAUUUAAAUUUUUAAUUUUUCUUUUCCUUUAAGAAAAAAUUAAAUUAUAUUUGAUUUUUCAAUUUUUUGCUUUGCUUUUUAAAAAAAUUUAUUUAAAAUGAACUAAAUCCAUUUACAAAAAAUUAAGUUAAAUUAAAAAACAAAAUAAAAUAAAAAAAUUAAUUAAAUUAGAUUACAAAAAAUUUUUCUUUCCCUUUGGAAAAAUAAUCUAAAUUUGAUAUUCCAAAUUUUGUCUUUCCUUAAACCUUAAUUUUUUACAUUUUUUCUUUUCUUUUAGAAAAAAGGAAUGGAAUUUUAUUUCCUUCCAUACUUCCCCUUUUUGGAAAAAAAUAAAUUUAAUUUAAUUUUUAAAUUUGCCUUUUCUUCAAAAAAAUUAAAUGAUAUUUGAUUUAAAAAAUUUUUCAUUAUUCAUUUCUUCGAAAUUGCAUUUUAAUUUAUCCGUUUCUGUUGGGCUUUGUAGCAGAACCAGGUUUGUACUAUCGUUUUCUUUGCAUUGGCUAUACCGUUAUAGUAGUUUGUUUGUCUUUUAAUGCACAACAUCCUAUUGAAGGACUUUUUAGGCGAGACAAUCGUUUAUUUUUCUCCGCCUGAGUGUAUUUGUAUGGCCUCACAUGGAAAAUAUAGAUUUUUUAAUUUUAUUUUCUUUCGUAUAUUGAUAAGGUUUUCUAAUUGACAUUGACUGUGCCGUUAGCCAGAAUCAAGUAUAUUACUACUAUCACAACCCCAGAGAGAUACAGGAAACUUCAUUAAAUAUAAUAUUUGCCAUAAUAAAUUGUCACGGCGCUUAAUUAUGUAGGCAUCGACCUACAUACAUAUAUGUUGACAUAAUCGUGCAUGCGCAUGUUGUUUUUGUUGUUAUCGAAAAUAUUCCUUUGUCAAUUGUCGAAAGCCGCCGAAUAAAUCCAGUUCCGCACCGAUUUCGUUUACUAGCACUUUGGUAGAUUCUAAUGGCUCAAAAUCUUCUCCUUCUAAUUAUACCUUUGUAACAUCCAGGAGGAAACGUCCGCAACCCUAUGAAGUAUAAAAUAAUUGAGCAGUCGAAUUAUCCAUGUCCGUCCGAAAUUUUGCACAAGUCAUUUACUCCCAAAGAAGCUAUUCAUUUGUAGAAAUCGCUGAUAGCGGACGGCUAUAGCGCACAGCUGUCAUACAAACUAAACGAUCAAAAUUAAGUUCUUGUAUGGAAAGUUUUUAGUUGUGAAGUGUAUUAUAGCUCCGAUAAAACCGAAGUUAACGUUUUUCUUUUCAAAUAAACGUAUUAAAUAAAGCGAUUCUUUUGGAAUUGGAAGUAUUAAAUAUUUUUGCAAUUAGCACUUUUUAAAAAAAUUUUAAUUUUUUUAAUCACAAACACCAUAGGUUUACUGUUACAAUUCGGAAAUCCAAACAACCAGUAUUUCACCAACUCGCAAAUACGUACUUAGAAUUCUUCCAUUUUAUUCGAUUGCUUAAUUUAGGCCUUAAACUCCAACACUUAUAAUAUCUACACAUACACACACAAAUUAGCUUAAAGUUCACAUCGAAAUUUUAUAUAGAAGAGAGUGCUCUCUAGACGAAAACUUAGAAUUGCGAAAGGUAAAAUUGCAAAUUAUACAUACAUACAUACAUACAUAUAUAUGUAUAUACACACGUUAUGUAUUUGUGUACAUAAUUUGCGUACAUAACGAUAGUUUGCCUUAGGGAAGAAUUGAGUGCUACACUUAAAAAAAGAAAAAAAUACUAUUAUAGCAUAGAAUCAUAGACUUGUAAAAGUUUUAAGCAAAUGCAUGCAAUUACUAUAGAUUUAGUUUGUUUCAAGUAAAACUAAACUAAAAGUGACUUCAGCGAAAAUUUUACUAACUCUGUACGCUUUUUGGUAGAUUAUGACUUUUUUUUUAAUUCGAUUAAUUUGAAAGCUUUUGAAACUGUUCCAGUGAAGUUUUAUAUAAGAUUACAUCACAUUUAAAUUUUAAUAAAUCCCAAGCUAAAAGCAAACAAAAACCUUUUGUUUUAUAUAUUUGAGCACAACAUUAUAUUUAAGUCAAAAUGUUAAAAAAGGAACAAUAAUUUCAAAAACUUUUUUAAGUUAAGUUUUAGUACUCCUCAAAACUAAUAUACAAUUUUUAAUUACAAUUGUAUAUUUUUUU